UAAUACUUCACAUGGGACAACAUGGCCUUGUUCUUAAACAUGCCUUUGUGUUUUCGCUUGGCAGGUCGAACUGCAGGCGCAGUCGCCCUCGGUCCUAAGCGAGGCACAGCCUUUCUAACCCGUCGAUUGUAUGUCGCCGUCAGCACACAAAACCAGCUGCAGUUUAAGUUGGAUGAGCGGACAGCCCACAGCAGCCUUGACCUCUUUAAGAAAGACACAGGUGUAAUAUACCGCAUGCUGGGCCUGGACCCCACACAUGUGCAGGACUCCCCUCUCCGUUUCUGUGACUGGGCUGUCGUAUUUGCAGACAGCCGUAUUGAAUCCGGCCGCCACUACUGGGAGGUGACGGUCAAAAAGUCCCAAGAAUUCCGUAUGGGUGUGGCUGAUGCGGCGAUGCCCCGGGAUGAGUGCAUUGGCACAAACUCCUCCUCCUGGGUUUUCUCUUACGUACAGCGGAAAUGGUAUGCAAUGACCACCAAUAAGCUGGUGCCUGUAUCGCUGGUAGGGAAGCCUGAGCGAGUGGGGUUGCUGCUGGACUUUGACGCUGGUUGGCUUAGCUUAGUAGAUACCCAGACAUCCAAGGUGGUCCACACAAUAAAGACACAGUUCCGCACACCAGUUUGUCCUGCUUUUGCACUCUGGGAUGGGGAAAUACUCACACAUUCUGGGUUGGAGGUGCCACCGGGACUUUAAAAGAAAACGGGCACAUGGCCACUACCUGCCUCUUCAACGAUCAGCAAGGCAAAAUGGAAAGUCCAUAUGGUUCAAAAACAAAAGUAGUACCUCAGGACCCUCCUGCAGGGUCAUUCUCAGCUAAUUAAGCAGAAUAUUCUUUUAGGUCUCCUAUCUGAUCUGGAUGCUGCAGCAACCAUAAAGUCUUUAAUAUGGGAAUACAAAUACAGUUGAACUAUAGAACUGACUGUGCAUAUAAAUGCAUUUAUACACUCACUUGAAAUGUUAAUAAGCUUGACAAUUCCCAUAAUUUUUUAUCAUGUUAUAAGAUGGUUUUGGGAAGUCUUGUACUUCUGUGCAUAAAUGUUUCACAACUACUUGGAAUUAUGCUGUCAAUGUGCAUUCAUCCUGUGAAGUGUUAUGGGUGAACUGACUUUUUCAAUAAAGUAUUCUUAGCAGUA